AUGGAUCCUCGGGUGUGGCACAAAGUUGCAGCGAUUUCAGGUGUUGCAGCACUUGGAUUGGGAACCUAUGGUGCCCACGUCUUCAAACCCCAGAACCCUGCUUACAAAGAAGUUUGGCACACAGCAUCACUUUACCAUUUGGUUCAUACCGCUGCCUUAGUUGCCGCCCCAAUUACAAAACACCCCACUGUUUUUGGAGGCCUUCUUACAACUGGGAUCUUGGCCUUCUCUGGGACGUGUUAUACUGUCGCACUUCUUGAAGACAGAAAAUAUUCAACUUUGGCUCCAUUUGGUGGCUUUGCAUUUAUAGCAGCUUGGGGAAGCUUGUUUUUCUGA